GCAGGAAGCGUAAUAUAUCAAAUAAGUUGUUUCAGUGUACUGUUUUCCAAUAUUUAUUGGAGUUAAAGCUGGUUAAAAUGCAAGACUCCGAAUAGAAGUAAUAAAUAACUGUGCUUCGAUAAAUUAGAAAGACAAAUGCUGCUGUUUAACUUGGAACAGUCACCUGGUGAAAGUGCUAAAGAAAAACUUUUCCAAGGAUCCUGUAAAUUCAUUUAGGUUAAACGAGAAGAGUGGAAUAAUUUGCUGUGAUAGAAAAGCAAAAUCACAACAUUGGUGAAAUUGAUCCAUUUGUAAUAUCGAGACAUCUAACAAACAACUAAACGGAUUGUUGUACGUUCUGUUACAUCUAUAGAUUUUACAAGACUGGUUUUUCAAUUUCAUUGUAAAACAAGUAGUUUAAUGCCAAACAUAAAAGAUGAACUUAUUAAGAAUAAGCUUUAUAGGAUUUCUUAUACCUACUCUAAUCUUAAUUAGUGUCAUAAGCAGUGAAGAGGUUGUGGAAGAACUUGCAGCACAAACCGGAUCUGAGGAUUCUUCCUUCAAUCAAGAAGAAAAUAAUGAGAUUCAUACAAACGAAAAGAAUGAGUCUGUAGAAAUAAAUACUGAUGUCACAGUAAACGUCACUGAUACUGUCUCAACUAAUACUACCAAAGUUAAUUGCUCAUCAGAUAAGAUCUACGGCCCUGUUGAGAUUGUCAAUGCAACAAGACUCAUGGAGCUAUUAAUGUUGGAGCCUGGCCCAUCAAAUCGCUCCAGAAAUGACAAAGAUGGUAAACAAUUACCAGGAACAUGCGUUCUUGUGUUAUUUUAUGCCAGGUGGUGUGUAUUCAGCAGUCAAGCUGCGCCACAUUUUAAUGCUAUACCUCGUUCAUUUCCUCAUAUUAAAGCCGUGGCAAUUGAUGCUAUAAAACACCAAAGUUUCAAUGCUCAGUAUGGGAUAGUCGGAGUGCCAACAUUGAUGCUAGUUCACAAUGGCAAGCCUGUCGCCAAAUUCAACGACACGAUUUACACUCUGGAGUCGUUUGCCAAGUUUGUAUCCCAUCUAACAAAUCUGCAGCCGAAUGGCUCAUUAUAUGUUACAUCGGCGGAUUUUAUGGGGCCGGUUUCGAGUACGCCUUCCAACGAGAUGGACUAUUGCCUGGUGUUAUCGUGGAUCUUUAUAGUUGCUUGCGUGCUGUACUUCACAUCGCGCAGCAGAUGGUGGCAACAAUUUGUUGAACUUAUUCAGAACACAUGGCUCGAAAGUAAUGCGGAGCAUGAACACGUCGAUUGACUGAGGAGACUUUUGGCCCCUUGAAGUCCCCUCCAAAAAAGUUAUAUCUCUGCAUGGUUACUGAGCCAUCUUUUGAAGGCUGAAAUCCUCGGGUUAAGAAGAAAAAGGAAAAGAAGAAGAAGAUGUCGAUUAGAAAAACCAUAUUAAACCGUACGAUUAAUCACUGAAUUAUUUAUUUAUCGAGGUUUUAUAAAUAUGUAAAUAGA